AUGACAGCCAAAAAGCACCACGUGGUGACAAAUCUACAGUACUGGGACGAUCCAGGCGAUGGCUCUAAGCCGACUCCCAUCUACAUCGGUGACGGGAGGAUAAGUAACAAGCGCCCCCACAAGUCCCACGAAUUCACCAUUCAUGACCUCGGAGGCGACGAAGACCAUUAUCAGCUCGACAGCCACGGUUUCCAAUAUUGCAGUCACAAAAGUCAAGAAGAGCUCUUCGUCGAUGAUGACAAAAUACAAUCAGUGUAUGUGCCCGAGUGCCAAGCUCUCAUCAAGCACGUCACGGGGGCGCUGGAUGUCCACGUCUUCAACUACAAAGUGCGACGUGGACCGACGCAAUGGCAUCAUCUCGGCCUGCACAAUCUUAUAAACAGAGGGCCCGUGACGCGAACGCACGUAGAUCAGUCAUAUGAGGGGGCGGAGAGGCGGCUGCGGUGGGAGUUCCCCCACGACGCGAAUGAAUUGGUGAAGAAACGGUACCAGAUCAUCAACGUCUGGAGGCCUAUCAAGCCCAUACUCAAAGACCCCAUUGCUGUAGCCGACUCAAACUCUGUGCCAGACUCUGACUUGGUGGGAGCUGAGAUGACUGAGGAUGGGUUUGUGGGCGAGUCGUGGGUUGUUCGCCACAAUCCCAAUCACCGAUGGUAUUUCAAGUCUGGGAUGACACCCCAAGAUGUGCUGCUCAUCAAGUGCUUUGACUCGAACAAGAAGGUGGCUCGCCGAGCGUUGCACUCAGCGUUUGAAGACCCCGCGUUUCGCGAUUGCGAGUCCCGGCAGAGCAUUGAAGUGAGGUGUCUGGUGUUGUAUUAG